AUGCUAUCGGAGUACCAUUUCACUUUCGACACACCCGUGUACAUGACGGUACUGGGAGCAGCCGUGCAACACGGCUUUGUUGACGCUGCUAGACCCCUCGUGACUUAUGUUGGCUCCAUGGGAUACACGCAGGUGCGGUUCCAUGGUGUCCCGACGCCGCUUGCAGGGCAAAUGGCCCUGGCCAAUCUGCAAGCUGGAAAUAUCGCAGUAGCAGAUAAACUACUCGCGCAGUUGGUACGAAACAAAAAUGUGGAUACCAAAUGGCUAUUGUAUACCCAGAUGAAGACCUUCAAUAAAAAGAAACAGACCUUAGCGAGCGCUGCCGUGUCCUCCGACCGGAUGGCUGGCUUACUUAGUAGCGUUGUAGGUAGAGAAUCGUGGGGGUAUCAAAAAGAAUACAUGGACGUAAUAGCACUAGCACUCGAUGAGGAACUGUAUGAAGUGGCUGCAAGACUGUGGACAGUCAUCAGGAAUGUGGCCGAUAGUGAGCGCGAAGAUUACGGACGUGUGCAGAAUCUUCUGCUGUCCAAGAACCCCGAUUUAUAUGCCGAUGUUGAGUUAGGUCGGGUGGAUAUCGGCUUUAUCCAAUUCUUAGUAAAACUUGGGGCGUAUACUGAAGAUAUGGGGCGUAUUCAUAGAUUGCGCCGGUGUGUCUUCACACAAAAUUUAGAUGCGCUCUCAGCUCUCUUAGACCAUCACACCACCAAUGAAAAAUUAGAAGCGUUUCGUCAGAUUGUCUUUACGGGUCCUAUGCCCAACCCAGUCAAUGUCCUGACCGCGAUGGCCCAAGUUGGGGUCGAGCCAGAACCCAAAGUCUUUCACCAUUUCGUGCUUCACUACGCGAGGAAUAAAGACAUACCAACCACCAUGGAACUCUUCAAGUUCGCUGAUGAGAAGAAAAUCUACUUAUACAAAGUUUCAUACACGCGAGUCAUGGAUACCUGGCUUACGAUGGUGCGGUCCGACAACGACAAAUACUUCAAUGAGACUGUACUUAAGAGUUGCUUUCAACUCUUUAUCACACACGACAAGUUGGUACCGUACACUCGACUGCUAGCUAUGUGCUUACACACAAAGAAUAUACCUAUGGCCCGAAGAGUUCUGGAGCGAUUACGACACACAGACGUAAAACUAAACGAGAUUGGCCACAAGAUGUACUUGCGCCUGUUAAUCGAGCAGGGACUCUUUUCUGAGGCAUGGACCCACUAUGAGUCGGACGCCUAUAGUUCACUGUCAAAUAAAGACGACCAGGAGAUCUGCUUGGUUCUACUGCGCCACUUCCUGAGCUCCAAUGACCAACGCAGCACCGCAGUUUUGCAGCGUUUAGAUGAUAUGGACAUGUCUUUCGAGCACAUAGCUACGACUAUGAUGUCCUCGUCCAUCAGCGUCGCCUGCGACAACCGAUUGUUCCGGUCUGCCGAUGUGUCACCAUUCAUUAUACCCGAGGAUUCGAGACUAAUGCAAGCAACUCGAUAACUGGGAAGUAGUAUUCAACUUUAGUAAUCCUGGUGUAUGUUUACAAUAGCAUAAAAGAUGGCUAGAGCAUGUCAGCUUGGUGUGGAAUAAACAAUAAGCU